UUUUCCUAUAUAAUAAUCAUUAACCCCACGAACCAGUGCUCUAAAAUCUGUAUAAAACGUCGAGAGGUUUUUAGGACAGAAAAUCCAAACCAGUAAUUUUAUUGCAGAUGUUAAAGAUCCAUCCCCAACAUGUCCCAUAUGUUCCUCUGGUCUCUGUUCCUUUCACCACAUCAACGGAAGAAACUUUCACGAUUUGGAUGAAAUCUCUGAUUCUUAGCGGCAAAGGCUGCACCGUGUUCGACUCAAACGGCCGGAUCGUUUAUCGUGUUGAUAAUUACAAUCGCAAGUACUGCAAUGAAGUUUACCUAAUGGAUUCUGCCGGAAAAGUUUUGUUCACCAUUCGAAGAAAGAAAUUUAGGUUGAUUAAAAUCUGGGAAGGAUUUGGAACAUUCAGUGGAAAAGUUAACGAUGAAGAUAAAAACCCAGGUUUUGAAGUACGAAAAAGUUGCAGGAUUUUAAGGUGCGACUCGAUCUGUGAAGUUAUUGUCGGGUUACAUAGAGAUCAACCGUGUCAACAUUACCGAAUUGAAAGCUGUCCAGGCAAAUCAACGUUCCAGAUUGUUGACAAGCUCGGCAGGCUUAUUACGGAGGUGAAAAGAAAGCAAUCUAAAAGUGGAGUUAGUUUAGGAGAAGUUGUAUUGACAAUGGUGGUGGAACCCCAUAUCGAUCACUCUCUUGUAAUGGGCCUUGUUGUAGUUUAUAGUCUCAUCAAUGGUACAAUGUGAAGUAGUCAAAACUUUACCCAUUCCGACUCUUGCUGAUGUACAUCUUACUAAUGUUUUAUAUAUCUAAAUAAAAUCCAAAUUACAGUGGUUAUUGUGAUUGAUUAUCACUUAAUCUUCUAUUAUUCUAUCCAAAUCUACCUUUUGUUUAAAAUUAUGUAAUAAUUACUAAUACUAGCGAAUUAUCAUACUUUAAUUUUAAAUCUAAUAAUAACAUAAAUAAUCGACUGAUUACCUCUCCUAAACAGUAAACAGGCGCAUAGUCAGUCUCUCUCUCGCUGCCUUUGCAGCUUUGCCGAUAAGAGAGCCUAGUUUUUUUUUUCUUAAAUCUCCCUAAUUUUCCUUAAAAUUUUCCGGAGAAACUAACGCUUGCAAAUACCAAAAAGAAAAGACAAAAAAAAAAAAUUUUAGUAACGGCCUUAAAAAUACGUAUCGAACAGAACACACGAAUUUUAUUCAAUGUGGUGAAGAUCGGCUUCUUUCAUUCUGGACAGACAGCAACAUCAAAACGACACCGUUGCACCGAGUCCCGAAUCCUUCCUCCUGUCAUCUCCUCCUCCCAUGGCUGGUUCUCCCCUAAAUCCUAAAUCUAACAUUUCUGCCUAUUACCGGACCCGUGCCGCCCACCACGCCGUUGUAACGACCGAUUGGCUUGCUCAGGCCCAGGCGGCUGUUGGCCGUCAUUCCAGCGAAGAUGGUUCGCUGGGAGGUGAUAAGGGAGCUGCCCCAAUUGGAGGAGGAGGAGGAGGAGAAGAAGGAAGCGGGAAGGCGUUUAGUGUUAUUGAUGAGUUCAAUAGCUGGAGGAAACAGCCUGCUUUGGCUGAGGCUGUGUCGGCUAUUCGCGCCCUUGCGGCGGUUAUUAGGACGAGUGAGGCUACCACUAUGAUGGAGCUUGAAAUUGAGCUUAAAAAGGCUUCUGAUUCGCUUAAAUCGUGGGACACAACCUCUAUCUCGUUGACAGCUGGUUGUGAUCUCUUCAUGUUGUAUGUAUCAAGAACAUCAGCUUUAGAGUAUGAGGACUUUAAUUCAGCUAAGUCUCGCCUGAUCGAACGUGAAGAGAAGUUUGGGGAAAUAUCUUAAGGAAGGCCAGACAGAACUGGAUUACGAUUUACUAACGAGCUGGCCAAGCUUGAUGUUCCCGUAAAGCUUUUAAUAGACUCUGCUGUGGCAUACACUAUGGAUGAGGUGGACAUGGUACUCUUUCGAGCUGAUGGAGUGGUUGAAAGUGGAGGUAUCAUAAACAUGAUGGGGACAUUCCAGAUUGCAUUGGUGGCACAUAGCAUGAACAAGCCUGUUUAUGUGGCUGCAGAAAGCUACAAUAUAACUAAAAAGUUUCAUUUCUUGCUCUCAGUUUGCUCGACAUUAUCCUUUGGACCAAAAAGAUAUGAGUCCUGCACGACUCCCCAUGAUUUUGGGGUACCAAUCCCAUCCAAGGUUGAGGUAGAAACAUCGGCUCGAGAUUACACUCCUCCUCAAUAUCUUACUCUACUCUUUACAGAUUUGGGUGUGCUUACUCCUUCCGUGAUUAGUGAUGAGCUCAUUCAACUAUAUUUAUAGUGACGCUUCAAUGUAACUUCUUAUUCUCAAUUUGAAUGUUUGUAUUCAAUGCUUUAGAAUUCAUUUUGGGGCUUUUAUUUUUUUUAUGUAUUUGUCGAUUGUAUUUUGAGCAAAACAGUAAAAAUUUUGUUUAAUCCUUAUAAUGUUGACAAUUUUAUUUUGGUUUUCUAUGAAAA